UUUAUUUCUCUGUGUGUGCUGCUGGGUUGCUGACACAUGUAAAUACUCUUGAGUCCGGUUCAGCUGCUCUGUGUCUUUGUCCGUCCCCGUCAGGCCCGAGGCGAACCGGGUCAUCAUGCUCCGGUCCUGCUGUGUUUACGGCGCAGGGAUCCUCUGCGUUCUGCUGUUAAUCGCAGGGAUUGCGAUGGCUUUGACGCAAGUCUUUCAGAAGCUCAUAAACAACACAAUAAAGGAGCAAGUAGUUCUGGAAAAUGGAACGGAGGCGUUUUCGGUGUUUCAAAACCCGCCGCCGCCAGUUUACAUGCAGUUUUACUUCUUUAAUCUGACCAAUCCUGCAGAGGUUCUGAAUGGAGACAGACCUGCCGUCCUGCAGAUCGGCCCGUACACGUACAGGGAGUAUCGCCCGAAGGAGGAAGUGAAAUUUCUGGACAACGGAACCAGAGUGGAGGCUUUCAAUCCGAAGACGUACGUGUUUCAGCCCAACAUGUCACGCGGAUCCGAGGACGACAUCGUCCGAACGGUCGACAUCCCUGUUGUGACUGUGAUGGAGAAAUUCAAAGAUACCUUCUCGGUCAAACGCAUCAUCUCUGACUUGAUGAUAGCAAAUGGCAUCGGCAUAUUCAGGACAUUCAGAGUCGGUGACCUGCUGUGGGGUUACGAAGAUCCACUGCUUAAAAUAAUCAAACACGUGGUUGAGAUGGACGACCACUUCGGACUUUUCUAUAAGAAAAAUGCCACCGAUGACGGUGAUUAUAUUUUCUUCACGGGGAAGCAGAAUUAUCAGGACUUUGCUCGUAUAGACGAGUGGAAUGGACAGAGCACAUUGAACUGGUGGAGUACAGAAGGGUGUAACAGGAUCAACGGCACAGACGGAGCAUCUUUCCAUCCAGUCAUCACAAAAACAGAGAAACUCUAUAUAUUCUCCUCUGAUCUGUGCAGGUCUAUAUAUGCCCAGUACGAGUCUGACGUGAGCGUACGUGGGGUUCCCGGUUUCCGCUUUGUCCCACCCAGUGAGGUUUUCGCCAAUCGUACUAUUAACCCGGAUAACGCAGGCUUCUGUGUGCCGGCUGGGAACUGUCUCGGCUCCGGCCUCCUCAACGUCAGCGUCUGCAAAGAAGGUGCGCCCAUCAUCAUGUCCUCCCCUCAUUUCUACCAGGCAGAUGACAAAUUCGUCCAGGAUGUGUUCGGGAUGAAUCCCAACAAGGAGGAGCACGAGACGGUCAUUGAUGUCAACCCGCUCACUGGAAUGUUGCUUCGGGGUGCGAAGCGUGUUCAGGUGAACGUCUACCUGCAUCAGAUCCAGGGGUUCAGUCAAACUGGGAAGAUCCAGACACUGGUGUUUCCAGUGAUGUACCUUAAUGAGAGCGUCCUUAUUGACGAGGAAUCUGCCAAGAAGCUGUACGCGGUUGUCAACGAGGCUAACGUGAUCAUCAACAUCCCCUUCAUAGUGAUCAGUGUAGGCAUCUUACUGGGCGUCAUCUUCAUCGUGUUCAUGUGCCGACAGCAGACGCCACCGAGCACCGAGGCCGAGCGUCAGCCCCUGAUUUCAUCGUAAACUCCCCAGACGUCAUGAUGAACCGACAUGCAUUUAGACAUUGAACUUGAUUUCAUUUUCACACGGUCAGAGUCGGUUCAAGGAGCAUGAUGCAGCAGACGAGUCAAAGUGCAAAGUUUGCCUCAGGUCACCUGACCUCGGAUCCAGGUGUUUCAAACGUGUUUUUAAUGCAUUUAAUGCUUCAGACGAUUGAUUGAGUAUCACAGAACCAAAUAGCGCAGGCGUGUCCAAAUCAGCCAAUGAGUUUCAUGUCCUAAACUGAAUUAUACAUCAGAAAACACUAAUAGAGUGACAGCAGACGUGAUGCAACACGUUACACAUCAGUGCUCGAGAUAUUGAUGUCACCUGUACACAUCACAAAGAUAUUAAUGCACUUAUGCAAUUGCAUUGAGCUCAUCUGACAAAUAAACUGACAGCGGUGCCAAUUCAUGCUUAUUUCAGGACUAAUGUAAGUUUUAGUCUGCUUCAUGUGAAUCGUACAGUCAAUAAUGUGCCAGAUGCAUUUUAAAAUCACUAAAUCCUUUUUUAUAACGACCAAAUAACUUGGUUUGGUGCCAUGAUGUAUUUGCGCUUGUUUUCUCGUCUGCCAUACAAGCGAUUUUCUUUUCUUUAGAUGCAAACCAAGAUUUUCAUGGUACAUUGGCUCAAUAAUUUUUAUAGAGUCAGUUAAUAACACUUUUACAAUAUUUCUGAAAGAAAUUUACCAUAAUCACUAAUUUAAACUCUUUGCAACUCUACAAUUUCUUGAAUAACCAGACACAACCUUGUUUUCAGUGUUCAGUAAAUGCAGUAUAACGUGUUUCAUCAGUAUUACCACAGCACUGGGAAGAUUUGUUUUCCUGAAUAUAUUUAAUGUUCGUUUUCAUGCACUGAUCGGUUUAGUUUUUUUUUGUUUGUUUGUUUGUAUAAUAAACCUCAUGUCCUGCAUGGUUCAUUUCAUGUUUUAUUCUUGUAGGUGUUUGGUGGCAGUUCAUGGCUGGUUUGGUGUUUUUGAGGUCUGAAAAGGGAAGAUUUGAGGGUUGCUAAUUUUGUUUCAGUGAAGUUCACAAUAUCACUACAGUAUGUGAUGCCUGUGGGUUUGAUCUGAAACUGUGGUCUGAUUUCAGUUUCACUUUUCCCAGGGUGGAAAUCUCAUGAUUAUGAUUGUGAAAUGAUAAUAUGAAAUGUUUAUGAAUUAAGACCCAGUGAUGAUGUUAGCUGAAAACAGACUGUUUUAGGUUUAAAAAAGGAAUGUUCAUGAUUUAUUCCAUUUUUAAAAUUCAUUUUUUUAUGCAUUUAUUUCAUCAUGUGAGCAUUUUUAGUUUUUGUUUUCCUUAAAAAAAUAUUGCACUAUCAAUGUAACAAAAAUACCGAGACAAACAAUAAAACAUUUUAACAAAAAAAUAAUAAAAUAAAGCAUGUUACACCA